AGUUAUAAAACCACCGCGAUGGGUUCAUUUCUUCGGCAUUCGUGAAAAAUCUUUCCUCCGGUCCGGUUCGAUCCGUAUUUUAACAGCAACCGUGUCUAGCGUUUUUUAUCACAUCAACGUCCAGAACAUCUACGGAAGACAGAAUUCAUCAGAAACCACCAUCAAAUCACAGCCCAUCUAAGUCUAGCUCGAGACGACGGAGACGGAGACGGUCGACCAAGUGCUACCGAACAGUGCCAAGGAUUGGCAAUGAGAAUGCGUUCGAUGACCCCAGUACCAGUCGCAGUGCUUGCGCUCGUUGCGGGCAUGUGGCACUUGUCGGUCGCACAACAGGCCCCAUACUACAUGCACCGCUGCCAACGAGAUGAUCCCCAAGUGAACGACUGCCUUCAAUACGCCGCAAAUAAGCUGACAAAAUAUCUGCGGGACGGCAUUCCGGAGAUCGGAAUCGAUGAUGUGGAGCCAGUAGUAGUGGAUGAAAUUGCUAUUGCCCUCGGUAGCGGACCCGACGGCUACAGGGCCACCUUCAAGAACAUCGAAGCAUUCGGUGUCAGCAAUUUGACCUUCGUGAACGUACGAUCCGACAUCGACACGCUCCAAUUUCAGAUGACUAUUGAUAUACCAAAGAUUAAAGCUCGAGCUCAGUACAAGUCUUCCGGAGUUCUACUGUUACUGAAGGCAUCCGGUGCCGGCGAUUACUGGGGAGAAUAUGAUGGUGUCAAAUCGAAAAUCUACUUCAAAGCUUCCCCAUACCAGGGCGAUGAUGGUUUAACCUAUCUCACAGUGGAUCAGACUAAGAUGGACUUCAGCGUGAAGGACAUCAAGAUGGGUGUUGAGAACGUGGUCAACCAGAAUGCAAUCAUCCAUGCUGCAAUGAAUCUGUUCAUUAAUACAAAUGCCCAAGAACUACUAAAGGAGAUGAAACCGCAGUUGAGAACCAAGCUGACCGAGCACUUACAUGACUUCAUGCAGCGAUUGUUCGACAGAAUACCCUUCGAGUACUGGCUUGAGUGACGAAUUCACCGGCUCUAUUAGCGGGGUUGUGAAUUUCCAUAAUUCCAGUGACUGACUCAUUCCAUUAAUAUACCAACACAACAACCUCUUCUUCUCAUUACAUUUAGUUUUAAGUCAAAUUUUAUUAUUGUUUAUUUAUCGCGGCCGACAGCCGAUUUGCAUUUAGUUUUAUGUAUGUAGAAUAGUGUCCGCCGGUGAAGUAAAGGGUGCGUUUGCUUUUUUCUCUUACGCUUCGAUUGACAAACAAUGUCCUUGUUCGAAGAUAUGCUGUAGACCCCGGUCAGUGGUAGAUUUGACUUGGCGACAAAAGAAAACGCAUCACACGGCUUGUUAGCGGCUAAUAAAUUACGGAUUUAUAGUUCCAG